CAGAGAAAACGUCACAUUGGGAAUGAUAUCGUCUCAUUGGUGUACCAGGAUGAUGGCUCGGUUUUCUCACCGGAUAUGAUAACGUCCCAUUUCCUCCAUUGCUUCAUUGUUGUCCAGUCCUGCAGAAGUCACAGUGGUAAUACUCUGUACAAGGUCUCAGUUACAGCUCGGGAUGAUGUGCCAGGAUUCGGACCAGCUCUGUCAAAUCCUGCCGUGUUUCAAAAGAACCAGCAGUUUCGAGAAUUCCUUCUUACCAAAUUGAUCAAUGCUGAGGUCAGCUGCUACAAAGCAGAGAGGUUCUCCAAGCUUCAGGUGAGGAUCAUAUAUGUUGGGACAUCUGAUGCCUUCUGA